GGCAAGAAGUAGCUGUGCUGAAGCAACCAGGAGGGAGUGCAGGAUCAUGGCCACCUAUGUGCAGCUGAACACCGCUGCCAAGAUGCCUCUCAUGGGGCUGGGCACCUGGAAGUCUGCAGCUGGGCAAGCAAAAGCUGCGGUGAUGGCUGCCAUCGAUGCCGGGUACCGCCACUUCGACUGUGCCUACGUGUACCUGAAUGAGAAUGAAAUUGGGGAAGGGAUCCAGCAGAAAAUCAAAGAAGGAGUUGUGAAAAGAGAGGACCUCUUUGUCGUCAGCAAGCUGUGGUGCACCUUUCACGAGACGCCUCUGGUGAAGAAAGCCUGCCAGAAGACUCUUGCUGACCUGAAAUUGCAUUACCUGGAUCUCUACCUCAUGCACUGGCCUUUUGGCUUCAAGGCUGGAGAGGAAUUGUUUCCCAAAGAUGACAAAGGCAUGGCAAUACCCAGCAACAGUGAUCUUCUACAGACAUGGGAGGCCAUGGAAGAGCUGGUGGACUGUGGACUGGUAAAAGCCAUUGGUGUCUCCAACUUCAACCAUGAGCAGAUUGAAAGAAUCUUGAACAAGCCAGGACUGAAGCACAAGCCUGCAAAUGUCCAGAUUGAAUCUCAUCCAUACCUCACCCAGGAGAAGCUGAUCAAGUACUGUCAGUCCAAAGGGCUGGCUGUGACUGCAUACUGCCCCCUUGGCUCUCCUGAUAGACCAUGGGCUAAGCCCGAGGAUCCUUCCCUUCUGGAUGACCCCAAGAUCAAAGAGAUUGCAGCCAAGCACAACAAAACCCCAGCACAGGUUCUCCUUCGCUUCCAGAUCCAGAGAAAUGUGAUUGUGAUUCCCAAAUCUGUCACCCCACAGCGCAUUGUGGAGAACUUCCAGGUGUUUGACUUUGAACUGACUAAAGAGGAGAUGGCAACUAUUCUGACCUUCAGCAGAAACUGGAGGGUCUGUGCAAUGAAUGUGUCCAAAAAUCUCAAGGAAUACCCUUUCCAUGCAGAAUACUGAAGGUGCUUGAAACACUAGACCUCUAGUGUCAUCUGCCCUGGUGCUGCCAGUGAAGACAUGGGAUGUUUAUCCCAUGAAAUCUGGCUUUUUUGGAAGAAGGAAGGAGUAUUUUAUACAGCACCACUAUUCAGUGGUUGCCUUCAGUCAUGCAUCAGCAGAAACCAGAUGUUGACAAGUACACCCCACAGGUCCACAAUUUCA